ACAAUAUUCCCGGCAAUUCCCCACCCACACUUUCCUAAACUAACCUUUGUUUAUUAUUUUAAAAUAAUAAUAAUAAUAAUAUCCCACAUUGUUUCACAAUUUUCCCUUUCUCUUCCCAUUUUGAUCAUCUCCCAAAUGAUAUACUUAUUUCUCACAACUACAGUUUUUACUACUUUUUCUGCCUUGUUAACCCAAUUUUCCAUACAAUCGAGGACAAGAGAUUGCUGCUUCACUCAAAUCUUAAGCCGAAGUUGACUAUUUUGGAGAGGAAAAAAGCGAGGGAGGAGGGCUGCUGUAGCUCUGGGUAGUAAGAACGUCAAGUUUGUGGUCACCGUUACUCACAGUGCAAAACUUUGAUUUGCUGCUCCAAUCUUGAUUUGACACAUUGAAACAGUCUUGAAAUUAUCAGAAUACGCUCCGAAUCUGUUAUAGGAAGUCAUCAAACGAAUUAAUUUCUUAUCGGUUGCUAUCAAAUUCUGAUGGAUUUAGAUGACUUCCGAUCGGUUCUUGAAACUGCUGAGGUCGAUGUUUGGACUUUUAUCGACACAGCAAUCCUGGUGGCUUCAUUGGAUUACGGGCCAGAACUGAAGCAACGAAGAGAUGGAAUUGUGGAGAGGCUUUAUGCAGCGUCGAUGGUUACUCGGUGUAGAAAUUGCGAUUUUGGUGAGAGACCAAGUGAUUAUGAAGUGAAAGCUGAUUUGAAGAGAGAGUAUAGCCAUGAAGAUAAAAGAGGAGGGGGAUCACCUAUUGCACCACAAUCAGAUAAUGGGGAUGAUGAGUUGGAUCCAUACGGAGGCUUGUUUGAUGAUGAACAAAAGAAGAUUCUUGAAAUUAAGGAGCAUCUUGAAGAACCUCAUCAGUCUGAAGAUUCUUUGAUUGAUUUGCUUCAAAGUUUGGCAGACAUGGACAUAACAUUCCAAGCUCUCAAGGAGACUGAUAUUGGGAGGCAUGUGAACAAAUUGAGGAAGCAUUCAUCAAAUGAUGUUCGAAGAUUGGUGAAGCAACUUGUCAGGUUUGAAAGACCAAAAACAAUGAAUUCUAUGAAAUGGAAAGAGAUUGUUGAUGAAUGGGUGAGGUUGAAUCAACCUGGAGAACUGGAAUCCUCUGCACUUAUGGUUGAUGGAGACUCACCCCAACAAAAACCACCUCAAAAUGGUUACCACCAGGUUCCUGACUUUGCAUACUCUCCUAAUCCACACAAUGGGAGUUCUGGCUCAGACAAGAAUAAUUCAGAGCCAGAAGGGAAGCCAAAGCCGAUUCCACCUCGAAAUGAGCCUCCACCUAAACCUACUUACUCAGCCCCUGUUCUACAAAAUAGACGAAGAGAACAAAAGGAAAGCACCUUUGACUCGGAAAGACUGGCUUCAGCAAGAAAAAGGCUUCAAGAAAAUUACAAAGAAGCUGAAAAUGGUUUGAUUUUUACUUUUGUUCCACUUACCAUAUUGUGCCCAUUUGUCUUGAUACUAAUUGUUUUUGACCUGGCAUUUUGUGUGCUUUUUGAAGCCAAAAGGCAAAGAACAAUUCAAGUGAUGGACAUUCACGAGCUACCUAAACCUAAGAAUGCCUUCUUUGGAAAGAACAAAGGUGGUAGUUCUCAAGGGAGGCAUUGGUGAUUGGUGAAUGAAUUUGUUAGAAAGACAUCACUCCAUCCUGUAUGCCAAAGGCUUCUGGUGUCGUAAAGACGCACAAAACUCAUUUAGGCAUGCCAAUGCCUUCUUAGGGUUUGCUGGACGACCUGAAGCUGGCUUAUCCUUUUAUACUAAGUUUAUUGAGAGAAAAGAUAUUCUUUUUUCUAUUUUUCUUUUCAAUUAAUAAGUAAAUACCAGGGAAUAACUCUUUUUUUUUUGGAUAUACAUAGUCUUCAGCUCUUUUUUUUUCUCCAGGGUAUUUGGCAGCGCAUAAACCUUUGUAUACAAAAUAAGAUAUGUAAAAUCCUUUUCCUUUUGCUUUUGGGGGAGGGUGGAUUGGGCAGGUUCUGGGCUGUUGUUAAGUUACUUUUCGGUUUUUGUUUAUAUGUAUCUUUUUGACCGUA